AUGGAUGGCGCUGGGUAUGGGGCUUCCCUGCGUAAAGCACGGCCAGCCGCCUCACACAGAAGCCUGACACGUUUGGCGCGGAACAUCCGUAACUUCUGGCGCCCCAGGGAGGUGCCACGGAGGAAUGUGACGCAACUGACGACGGCCGCGAGGACCCACGAGUUUCUCCGAGAUUUUGUGGCCUUAUCGCAGCCGGUUGUGCUGACGGAUCUUUCAGAGGACGAGUGGCCCUGCCUGACAAAGUGGAGCGACGAUCACCUCCUGUCUGUUGCAGGGGACGCACAGGUCUCCGUGAAUGUGACUCCCGACGGCCGCGCUGACUCCGUGGAUAGCCACGGCCGCUUUGUGCAGCCUCUGGAGGAGAGCAUGUGCUUUGGCGAGUUUCUCGGGCACCUCCGCGCCGGGAGCGCCGGAGAUGUUCUGUAUCUUUCCAGGCAGAACGACUCCUUGCGAGAGGAGUUUCCCAGUCUGCUAUCGGAUGUUCCGGCUGUGAUACCCCUCGCGCAGGAGGCAUUCGGCAACGAGCCGGAGGCCGUGAAUUUGUGGAUAGGCGACGAGCAGUCGGUUUCAUCGUGCCACAAGGAUCCUUACGAGAAUCUCUACUUGGUAGUGCGGGGUGAGAAGAUCUUCACCCUCAUGCCGCCCGCGAGCGCACCCUUCUUGCAUGAGCAGCUCUGCAUGCCAGCAACGCAUGUUCGACAGCCGGAUGGGAAGCUUCGGCCAAUCUUGGACUCUGCGCCUGAAGUGCCCUGGAUUCCUUUCGACGUCGCUGGCCAGGUCGAUGAAACCAAGUUUCCCCUCUUUGCCCGCUUCCGGCAUCAUCUGGCAGUGGAGGUCACAGUGGGCCCUGGAGAGCUUCUGUACUUGCCCGCAAUGUGGUACCAUCGUGUGGCUCAACAAGGCAUCACCAUCGCCGUGAAUUAUUGGCACGACAUGCAGAUCGGCCAUGGGUAUGUGCAUCACCAGCUGAUACGUGACAUUUUCGGACUUGACGAGGAAGAGCCGUCUGUGAUCACCACCUAUGCAGUCCGCGGCAAGGAGAAGAAAGGCGCGGGCCGCUUUCAACUCUUCGAGGACCGCGUGCCGGCAGCUCGGGCAGAGCCAGUGGAGUCAGAUGCCCAAAGGACUUUCCCGGUCCCAGUGCGGAUCCUGACCCCUGCUGGCGAGGUGGCUGUCGAGCAGCAGCUGCCCGGAAGCCGAACGGUGCGGUCUGUGCUGGAGACCCUUUCUGUUGGAAGACCCGGCAGACUCACGUUGCUGCACGGCACCGAGGUGGUGCAGCAGAGCAGGACGUUAUCAGAACUGAACCUCACUGAGGAGGAUUCUCUGUACCUUGUCCGAAAGCCUACUGGCUGCUACACUCCCUGGUCCGACGAUGGCGACACAGAGGCUCAAACGGUGACGUUUGUGAAGUGUCUUCUUAUAGGCGGUGCAGAGGUUGGGAAGACGUCGUGGGUGCGGGCGUGCUGCCGUGAAGGCUUCGUACAGGACUACAUGUCGACAAUGGGCGCGGGCUUCAAGGUUUUGCGCCUGCAGUCGGAGGAUGGUUAUAGGCUCAAAGCGCACCUCUGGGAUAUUGCCGGGCAGGAAGAAUUCAGGACAAUCACGAAUGCAUUCUUCAGAGGAGCGGAAGGGCUGAUGUUGUUCUUCUCGCUUCAGAAACGGGAGACCUUAAAUGAGGUCUUGCGCAUGUUUGAAGCUUUAGAAAGAAAACAGCCCGAGUGUUGUCGACGUGUCUGCAUGGUGGCCACGCACGCAGACAUUGCGGAUCCAGAGGUCGCGGAAAAGGAGGCCGAACAACUUGCAAAGCAGAGAGGAUGGCUGUUUUUUGCAGUCUCGAACAAAACUCAAGAUGGCAUUGAUGACCCGCUCUUCGCGUGGCUGGACAUGUUCCUUGACGAUCUGGCCGCGUGCAGAGAGUCCAAAGACUUGAUGCAGUAUGUCACCCACUUCUCAGCUGUUUUCGAGUCAGGCUGUGGUGUUGCAAUGGCUGGCUGGACCAAGCCCAUGCUCAGAGCCACGUUAAGGUUCGAAGAAUGGGGCCGGUCGCCCAGAGGCCGGGAGCUUGGGCGGCGCUUGAAGGACGAUCCGGAGACGGAGGCUGGCACACAGGGGUGUUCUUUUCCGGCGAUUUGCGGCUACGGCGGAUGUUGCUGGAACGGGGCGCUGACUAAUGACUGCACAAAUCCAAAGUGCCCGCUGCCUCACGAGCGUGAUGCGGAGGUGUUCAACGACCUGGAGAUGGGUAUCGAAGUGCUCUGUGGGGGAGACUGGCAGGUCCUCUACCCGAGAAGGACCCAACAGAUCCGAAGCGAGGAGUCGUCGGUCAUGAUCCGGCUACGGGAGUACCCGGAAAUUUCUGGCAGCUGCUCUUCGUCGGGCACUCUGCAUGCCUCGCGAAGCUUCGGCGAAACUUUCAGCUCGGAAGCAAAGCAGCGGAUGCAGAAAGAGCGCAGGGACGCUCUUCUUGAAAACAGCCAUCGGCGACGAAGAGGGCAAGAACUGGAGGCGCUGAUGCUACUGCGUGUGGCGGAGUCGAGGCCACUGAGGGGACUCGGAGUGUACGUCGCCAUUCCCACCUCCCUCCUUCUGGUUGCGCUGCUCGUCUGCGCGGCGAUUCAGCCAACCGAUGCCCGGCAGGGCGCACUGAUAAGUGCCAUCGCCGUCAUCUUAUGUCACGGCAUCAACAUGGGCAACGCCCGCCUUUGGCAAAUCGCGGGUGGGGGUGCCGCCAUCCAUUGGGUUUUUGUUUGGUCCCACGCUUGCCACCGGCCGCGCUUGCGGGCUUACAUCCUUGUAUGCUGGAGUUCGACAGCUCUUGGCUUAGUGGUCAUGACAGUGCACCACAGCAUCAUUGGUUUCUGGCAAGAUAUGAUGAUCAUUUGGCCAGGCGUUUGCUGCUGCAUCAUUGGGAUGUACAUGUGCUACGACGGCAGUGUGCGUAAUCUCGCUGGCCCAGAUAUCCCUUACCAAACAAAGGGCAAUCCUGUGGAAGGCCAGGAAGAAACCGGGGAGAGGAUGGAGAGGACCAUCCUCUUUGAGGGUCGCGUCCUUCCCGACCGUGUGUGCAUCUGUUCCUGGCCUGGGAAGUAUGAAACUGCCUUUGAGAAGCUGGUCUCCAGCUCGGCGGAAAGAAGUGUUGCGACUGUUUUUUUGCCGAAGUGCGCGGCAGCCUAUGGCAAGCACAGCAAGAUCCCGGCCUCAGAGCAGUUGCACGGCGACUGCUGGUGUACUCCCCUCUAUGGUGGGAGGAAGACCUGGGGAUGCAUGUGGUGGACUUUGUGGACCGCCAACAUCGAGAGGGCCAUCCGAAGCGGGGCCGAGCUCCAGGUACCUUGGAGGUCCAAAAGUGAACCCGAACAAAGGGCUAAGGGGUUUAGGGUUUAG